CUUCAUGGCUCGGUUGAUUCUGCCGUACAGAGGUUUGGGCCCAGCAAAGAUGGGGUUCUUGGGCUUAAUAUCAUCCGUUCAUAUCCAGGCUACAUGUGGUGGUAGUUCUUUGCAGUAUCCAGCAAAAAGUUUCUAUAGAAAUCACCUUAGCUCUACCAGGGAGGUCACCUUUCAUCGAAGCUCUCGGUUUCCACAUCCUUCUUUUACAAUCAAGCAAGCCAACAGGAGGCUAAUUUGUUCGGUCGCAACACAACCACUCCCAACUCAGGCUGAAGAGUCGAAGAUGGAUGCCCCAAAGGAGAUCUUUCUGAAGGACUACAAGAAGCCUGAUUAUUUCUUUGAUACGGUGGAUUUGAAAUUUUCGUUGGGCGAGGACCAGACGAUUGUCUGUUCGACGAUAACGGUUUUCCCCAGAGUUGAAGGGGUUUCUUCUCCAUUAACCUUGGAUGGGCGAGAUAUGAAGCUAGUAUCAAUUAAAGUUAAUGGCACCGAACUCAAGAAAGAAGAUUUCCAGUUGGACCUGCGACAUCUGACCCUGCUGUCACCUCCAACUGGUGUGUUCACACUGGAGAUUGUUACGGAGAUACAUCCUCAGAACAACACAUCUUUGGAGGGUCUUUAUAAGUCCUCUGGCAACUUUUGUACUCAAUGCGAAGCGGAAGGUUUCCGAAAAAUCACCUUUUACCAGGAUCGUCCUGAUGUCAUGGCGAAAUACACUUGCCGGAUUGAAGCUGAUAAAGCCCUUUAUCCAGUUUUAUUAUCUAAUGGGAAUCUUAUAGAACAAGGGGACCUUGAGGGUGGCAAGCACUAUGCUCUCUGGGAGGAUCCUUUCAAGAAACCAUGCUACUUGUUUGCAUUAGUUGCUGGGCAGCUCAAAAGCAGAGACGACACAUUUGUGACUCGUUCUGGACGGAAGGUGUCCCUGAGGAUCUGGACCCCGGCACAGGACUUACCAAAGACAGCCCAUGCUAUGGAUUCCCUCAAGGCUGCUAUGAAAUGGGAUGAGGAAGUUUUUGGCCUUGAAUAUGACCUGGAUCUCUUUAACAUCGUGGCCGUUCCGGAUUUUAACAUGGGAGCCAUGGAAAACAAGAGCCUCAACAUAUUCAAUUCAAAGCUUGUCUUGUCUUCUCCUGAAACUGCUUCUGAUGCGGAUUACGCUGCAAUUUUGGGAGUCAUUGGUCACGAGUACUUCCACAACUGGACAGGCAAUAGAGUUACAUGCCGUGACUGGUUCCAACUUAGCCUGAAGGAAGGUCUUACUGUCUUCAGAGAUCAGGAGUUCUCAUCCGACAUGGGCAGCCGUGCAGUUAAGCGCAUAGCAGAUGUUUCAAGACUUCGCAAUUACCAGUUUCCUCAGGAUGCUGGUCCAAUGGCUCAUCCUGUUCGCCCCCAUUCAUAUAUUAAGAUGGACAACUUCUACACAGUGACGGUGUAUGAGAAGGGCGCUGAAGUUGUCAGGAUGUACAAAACCUUGCUUGGGAAGUCAGGGUUCCGAAAGGGCAUGGAUCUUUAUUUCAAAAGACAUGAUGGACAGGCAGUUACCUGUGAAGAUUUCUUUGCUGCCAUGCGAGAUGCUAAUGAUGCUGACCUUUCUAAUUUCUUACUGUGGUACUCUCAAGCUGGAACACCCCAAGUUAAAGUUACCUCAUCCUACAACCCUGAAGCCCAUUCUUACUCGUUGAAGUUCAGUCAAGAGGUGCCAUCUACUCCUGGUCAACCAGUGAAAGAACCCAUGUUUAUACCUGUAGCCGUGGGUCUCCUUGACUCUAAUGGGAAGGACAUGCCUCUCACCUCUGUAUAUCAUGAUGGAUUGCUGGGGAUGGUUUCAACUAAUGACAAACCAGUUUCCACUACAGUCCUUCAAUUCAAGAAGAAGGAAGAAGAGUUUGUGUUCUCUGAUAUAUCUGAGCGGCCAAUUCCAUCUCUCUUGCGGGGUUACAGUGCUCCUAUCCGUCUCGACUCUGAUCUUACUGACAGUGACUUGUUUUUCCUACUUGCCAAUGAUUCAGAUGAGUUCAAUCGUUGGGAGGCAGGGCAGGUUUUGGCAAGGAAACUGAUGCUCACCCUUGUCGCCGAUUUCCAGCAAAAUAAGCCGUUAGUUUUGAACCCAAAGUUCGUGGAUGGGCUCAAAAGCAUACUAGGCAAUUCCAGCUUGGAUAAAGAAUUCAUUGCAAAAGCGAUGACGUUACCGGGUGAGGGGGAGAUAAUGGACAUGAUGGAUGUUGCAGAUCCUGAUGCUGUCCAUGCUGUUCGUAGCUUCAUCAGAAAGCAGCUCGCUCUUCAACUGAAAAAUGAAUUUCUCAGCACGGUUAAAAGAAACAGCAGCUCUGAGCCAUAUGUGUUUAACCAUCAUAGCAUGUCUCGGCGUGCUUUAAAGAACGUUUCUCUUGCCUAUCUUGCUCUAUUGGAAGAACCUGAGAUCGCCGAACUUGCAUUGCACGAGUACGGAUCUGCUACCAAUAUGACCGACCAAUUUGGGGCUCUAGCAGCAAUAGCUCAAACUCCUAGUACAGUCCGCGAUGAUGUUCUGUCCGACUUUUAUAAGAAGUGGGAGCAUGAAUUUUUGGUGGUAAACAAAUGGUUUGCACUUCAAGCCAUGUCAGACAUUCCUGGAAAUGUCAAGAACGUUCAGAACCUCUUGAAUCAUCCUGCAUUUGAUUUGCGCAAUCCGAACAAGGUUUACUCAUUGAUCGGAGGUUUUUGUGGGUCACCUGUAAAUUUCCAUGCAAAGGAUGGGUCAGGCUACAAAUUCUUGGGGGAGAUAGUGUUGCAACUUGACAAAAUAAAUCCUCAGGUGGCCGCACGAAUGGUGUCUGCGUUCUCAAGAUGGAAGCGUUACGAUGAGACUAGACAAGCUCAUGCUAAGGGACAACUAGAGAAGAUAAUGUCUGCGAACGGACUGUCCGAGAACGUGUUUGAGAUCGUCUCGAAGAGCUUGGCUCCUUAGUAAAUGUUGUGGGCAUUUUCUGUGAGGUAAGAUUCCGCUCACUAUACGGGUACGCUGAAAUUUGGGUUAUUUUGUUUAUCGUAUUUAUUUAAGUAGCUUAUAGGAAAUUGAGGAAUGUAUGGCGUGAAUCAGCACUUCCCCACAUUUCACGUUGAAUAGUGAAAAGUAGGAAAGUGAAUUAAACAUGUAUAAAUCAAAGAUAGUCUCACUCCAAAAAGGUUAUAUACAACACCGAUUAGCUUAUUGGUGGAAAGUUCAUCCUAA